UUAGAUAAUUAAAUAAUAAAAAUCAAAUUAUCAAAAUCACUCGUUAGAUAAUAAUCUAACCGGGAUAAUUCAAUAAUGCACUCCUCCGCUAAUCAUUUCUCUUAGCACAUAGCAAUUGCAUCAGAAUGUGAAUCAUAAAUGAAUUUUCAUUGCUAAAUAUGCAUUAAAUAGCGGCAAGUGACACACGCUUCACUCACAUUGACCGAGACCCUGAUAAUGACAAUUAAUCUCCUUCCUCGGCAAUAUAAAUUCAAUCAGUAUAAAUAAACAUGCGCUGGUGCAUUAUAUUAUUGAACCAGUAAUAAUAAACCCCUGGCCAUUAUUUUCACGAUUCAUACUAUACAUAGCAAAUGACUUUUCAACAGUAUUUCUCUCCACUCACAAAACCAAAUCUAAAUUAUUCAUCGCGAAAUGCUUCAAUCAGCAAAAAAUCCCAUCUCUUCAUUAUUAAAACAAAGAAAGCAAAUAAUGGCAAUAAUUUUUCACUGAGCUAUUAUAUCCCAACGACUGAAUCUCCAAUCUCCAGAUACUUAUAUGUAAUUGCGUAACACUAACCAGUAACCACGACUCGAUCGAAUACCGUUAGUCAUGAAGGAGUCUUACAGGACAAAGGAAAAAAUAUUCCUCCGAAUUGACGCCAAAAAAUUAUCAGAAUUUUUUUUUGUAAAAUAAAAUAACGACGCAAUAAACGGGCCCAAACCAACCGACUCACCUUUGAUGUAUUAUUCUUUGAUGAAAGCUUCUGGAAGGUUCGUUAAAUACUGGAGCUGAAAUCUCAAUGCGAUGUAAUCGAGAGAGCGUAUUAUAAUGUCUUUCAAUUGUAACAGCCCGGAGAGUACACCGGCAACCGGUUUUCACAAUGAAAGGGAGUAGCAGACAAUAGGGGAGGUGGGAGAUUCUGGCCGAUUGGCCGAUUCUGGCUUCAAGGUCCAACGGAAACGUUCAUGGAUGAUUGGCUCAUGGUGGUUUGGAGAAAGACAUUCUGAUAACAUCGAUCCGCUCUUCUUUACCCAGGCUCGAUAAUUAAACGUUAUAUUUUCCUUUAAAAAAACCCUCCGGUGGCUCUGAAAUCGUUUUUGCUUGGUUUAUGGUCCUUUUGAAUGUAAAGACCGUUUGGACUUGUUUCCAUUUUAUUUGGAGAAAGGUCUUGAGAAAGUGAGGAUAUGUCGGGUUUUUGGGAAAGUUUACGAAAGAAAGGAAAAAUUGUCGAUGAGGGAAUUAAACGACUGGAUAAACAAUGGGAGACACCUCAUAUUUUCAUUAGUAAGUAUGGAGAGCUCGUAGAAGAGGCGAGUAAGCACCUGGAGAAUUUUUUGGAGUCGAUUAAAGAUAUUCAUGAUGAAAUUAUUGAAGACAAUCAGCCAAGAGACAAUUAUAUUACGGAUGUAUACAGAUUCUCGGAUGAAUGUACAAAUAUUUAUGAGGACUUGAGGCAACAAGCCUACGAAAUCGAGGGCCUUCUAACUGAAUUCGGAUAUGAGGGAGUUGGCCAACCAAAUUUACCACAAGACACUGAUGAAGACAGCAGUAUCUUGAACCCGGAGAUGAUGGAAAGCCUCGAAAUUACUGACAAAUACUCCAAAGACGAGCAAGAAAAUAUUUCUCCCAACAAAUCAAAAAUAAUUAACAUGCCAAAAUUUAUUGCCACUCCUGUUAUCAAGAGUCUUGCUUCCUUGAAGAGGGAAAUAUCAGAUAAGACACCUCUCGCAGCAUUUACCUCAUCAUCAAGCUAUCCUCAGGAGCCUAUCUAUUCUCCCUAUUAUUACAAAGCAUAACACUUUAAUUAUAAUAACUGUACACAUCUAUAUAUAUAUAUUAUUUUUAUGUAAUUUUUUAUCAACUAAUCCAAUUUUUUAUAAAAUAAUGAAACAACUGUAAAUAAAGCCAAUC